AUGGUGAAUGAAAGAGAAGAAGAUGGGUUUGGAAGUUUAAGAGAGGAAGAAAAUUUAGUAGCGGUUUCUGAGAGAGAGAUUUGGCUUGAUGAUAGUACAAAUCAUCAAGAUGAUGAUGAUCUUUUAGGUAUGAAUAUGAAUGAUGAUGCAUCUGUGUUCUAUGCUGAUUUUCCAUCUUUACCUGAUUUUCCAUGCAUGUCAUCAGCAUCUUGUUCUUCAUCAUCAUUAUCAUCAUCAUCAUCUUCAUGUUCUACACCAUUGAAAACCAUUGCAUGUACUACUACUUCAACUACUACUACAACUGCAACAUCUUCUUCCUCGUCUGCUUCUUCCUCUGCAGCUUCUUGGGCUGUUUUGAAAUCAGAAGUUGAAGAAGAUCAUCAUCAUGGUGAGAAAAUGAAGAGUUGUGAUAAUAAUAAUCAUGUGUUUUUGAACAUGCAUGAGCAUGAUCCAUUAGAUCAUCAUCAUCAUGGUCAACAUGCAACAACUGUGUCUAUAGAGAUUCCUCAACAACAACAACAACAACAAGAGCUUGGUGUUGGUGAUUGCAUGGAGGAUGUUAUGAUGGAUGAUACUUUUGGUUACAUGGAGCUUUUAGAAGCUAAUGACUUUUUUGACCCGGCUUCGAUUUUUCAAACCGAUGAUGAAAACCCUUUAGUUGAUGAUUUCUCACAAGAACAAGUUCUAGUGCAACAACAACAAGAACAACAUCAACAUGUUCCUAUAGUGGUGCAUGAUGAGAGUGAAACAAAACUAGACCUCAAUUUUGAUGGUGUUAAUGAUGGUGCAUGUGGUGUUAAUGAUGAAAUGAGUAAUGUUUUUUUGGAGUGGCUUAAAUCUAACAAAGAUAGUGUAUCGGCGAAUGAUUUGAGGAAUGUGAAGCUUAAGAAAUCGACAAUUGAAAGUGCUGCUAGAAGAUUAGGUGGUGGAAAAGAAGGGAUGAAACAAUUGUUGAAGCUUAUUCUUGAAUGGGUUCAAACUAGUCAUCUUCAAAACAAGAGGCUCAAAGAAAACAACAAUAACACAACAACCUCAAAUCUUGUUCCUCAACAACCGCCACCGCAGUUUCAAGAUCUAUGUCCGAACCAAAACACGACAAACACAUGUUUUAACCAAACUUCAUGGAUGGAUCAAACACAAACACAAACACCUAUUGUUGUUCCUCCACAACAGUUUUCGCAACCGAUGGUUGGAGUUGGAUAUGUCGGUGAUAUUCAUUACACAAAUGGUUCCGUUUCGAAUAGCCUUUACCAACAAGGUUCUAGUAAUGAGUAUCAUCAAUUUAAUGUUGUUCCAAACUACAAUCAACCGUCGUUUGUUGAUAACAACAGCAAUGUUCUACAAUCUCAUGGGGUGAGUUUUGGAGGAUAUGGAAAUCAAUAUGGUUCUUAUCAGUUUUUUCAUGGAGGUGGUGGUGAUAGGUUAAUGAGGUUAGGUCCUUCUGCAACAAAAGAAGCUAGGAAGAAGAGAAUGGCGAGACAAAGAAGGUUUGUUUCUCAUCAUAGGAAUCAUCAUCAAGGUUCUGAUUCGGUUGCUAGAUUGGUUGGUGGUGGUGAUAAUUGCACCAACGGUGUGGGGGUUGGUUCUCAUGCAAAUCAAGCUAACUGGAUGUAUUGGCAGAGUAUGGCUGGUGGGAAAGCAGCUUCCUUGGCACCUGUUGUUCGGGAUGAGCAGACGCUGCCUCCGGUGGAACGCGAUCGCACCAACAAUCUGACACAGAAUUCUCAUCAGGGUCGAAAUGCAUCAGAUAAGAAACAGGGUUGGAAACCGGAGAAGAACUUGAAGUUCCUUCUACAAAAGGUGUUGAAGCAAAGUGAUGUUGGAAGUUUAGGGAGAAUUGUUUUGCCAAAGAAGGAGGCAGAAACUCAUUUGCCCGAACUCGAGGCGCGAGACGGAAUUUCCAUUACAAUGGAAGAUAUCGGAACUUCUAGAGUUUGGAAUAUGCGCUAUAGCAUCAGAUAUUGGCCAAAUAACAAAAGCAGAAUGUAUUUACUUGAAAACACUGGUGACUUUGUGAAAGCUAAUGGACUCCAAGAGGGUGAUUUCAUAGUGUUGUAUUCUGACGUGAAGUGUGGCAAAUUUAUGAUAAGAGGAGUUAAGGUGAGGCAACAAGGAGCAAAACCAGAGGCGAAGAAAACAGGAAAAGCACAGAAAAACCAGCAGCAGCAUGGGAAUAAUAAUAGUAAUACAGCUGGAAAUGAUGCGGUGGAUAAUAAUGACACACCAUCUUCCCCGAAGAGGAAGAAAUGA